UAGUCUACCUUGAAGAGAUUCCUUCCUCAUCGUCCUUCAAACUUCAAAGCAUCGUUCUUCAAAUCUGUGAACGACGCAUUAGAUUGAUGAUUAUUAGUGAUUCGUAUUAGCGGUUCGUGAUUUACUACGCAGCUCGUUCAGAUUUCGGAACCUCAAGUUUUGAUUUUACGAUGUCAAGUUGAAGACUUUACAUCCAAUCAGAAUCUCUGGAGUUGCCUAAUGGCAUUUCGUUUGACUCAUUUGCGAAAACCUCUUGCUUACUCUCGCUCUCGCAUCCCCUUUUCUCGGCAAGUCUCUUCCUUUGAAGCUGUUGAGAAGGCUAUCAAAUGCGCCGUCGAAACAAAAGAGUAUCUCCAGAUCCCUCAUCUCGUUGUCUCGCUCAAAGAGCCUUACCAGAACUCAAAGCUCUUCUCUUUCCUCUCUGCUUUCCAUCAUCACCAUAGAAUCAGAGUCAUUGACGAAAUCCUCCAGAGUUUCGUGCCCGUGAGGCCUCGUUCUCUCCCCAAGAUUGUCUACUCUAGCCUCCUCACUUACUGCCUUCAGAGCUCAGAUCCACUUCCUUUGUCCUUUGCGAUUUUACAGCGCACUCUUCGUUCUGGCUGUCUUCCUAAUACUCAGACUCACCUCCUUCUGUCUGACGCUUGGCUCGAACGGCGAGGAAGAGGAUCUCAGUCUGUUGUGGAGAUUAUUAAUGAGAUGAAGUUGAUUGGGUAUAGUCCUGACACUGGAACCUGCAAUUACUUAGUGUCAUCACUCUGUGCUGUUGAUAAGUUGGAUGAAGCGGUUAGAGUUGUUGAGGAAAUGGGUGGAGCUGGUUGUAUACCUGAUAUAGAAAGUUACGGUGCGGUGAUUAAUUCAAUGUGUUUGGCUAGAAAGACCAGCGAUGUGGUGAAGAUUGUCAAGGAGAUGGUGAGCAAAGCUGGAAUAUCUCCGCGGAAAGGGAUGCUGACAAAAGUGGUAGCAGCGUUGAGAGCCAACAGGGAAAUCUGGAAAGCCAUUGAGAUGAUUGAGUUUGUCGAAAGCCGAGAUUACCCUGUGGAAUUUGAGACUUACGAGGUGUUGGUCGAGGGUUGCUUGGAGGUUAGGGAAUACAUUUUGGCAGGGAAGAUGGUGAUGAGAAUGACUGAUAAAGGGUUCAUACCGUAUAUCAAGGUUAGGCAAAAAGUGGUCGAGCGUCUGAUUAGCAUUGGUGAAUGGAAGCUUGCUUGUAUCGUUAGACAAAGGCUUGCGGAACUGAAGUCUUAGGUACUUCAUGUACUCAUCAGAUUGGUGUUCAAAUUUUGUAAGAGUAGCUACUGUUACGAUACAGGAAUGAAAUUCAUACCCUGUACUUGGGAAUAUUUUGUUGUUUCUUGUAAAACAGAUUUUGUUUAAUAGCAGUGAUCCGUUUGUCUC